GAAAUCAACAAGGUAACCGCGAUGGAUCCUUCAACAAUGUCCUCAAUUUAAUAGAUGCUCCACCGAGACGUCCACAUUGUCCUACGCGUCGACAGAUGAUGGCGGUUCCGUGGAUGCUGCACCAUUGGUGUGUUCAACGGGCUUUGACUCAGCAGUGGGUGGUGCGGGCUCAACUGCCUGAAUGGGUUCAACAGGGGGUUCUUCUGGAAGGUCGGCCUGAGCAGUUUCAGCAAGUGAAGCGUUUUCAGGAGUUCCAAAAAUGGGCGUCUCGCCAUCAUGUGUGGGCUCAGACUGCGACACAGAUUCCUCGACAAGCGUACCCUCUGACUCUGGAACAGAUUCAUCGGGUAUGGCUGCGAGCACGACGAUGGCUUCUUGGACCAGAGCUUGUUCGUGUAGCUCCUGCUGAGGCUGCUCUGCGAGUGCAUCCACAGCCGGUGACUGGACAAUUUCAUCAGGGACAGGCGAUUGAACAGCCUCUGCGGCGACUGCAUCAACUGUGGCAGUCCCAGUGAUGCCAAGUCCCUUGCUUAUAUUCGUCCCAGCUGUCGGCGUCUCCGAUCUUUCCUCCUCAGGUAAGAUCUCACCAAGCUCCCCGACCUUGGGCGACUUUCCUAUUGCACUCUUCUUGCCUUGUCAAACCCGUCUUACUGAUCCCACCUAAAAAGCUGAACCGCUUCCUCGUAGCAGCGAACGUGCCAGAAAUUUCCGAACGGAGCGAAGGGC